AUCGGCGUGGAAACACCUGCCAAUGGCUGUUCUUUGCUGACCACACAGUGGCCCAGGAGCAGCAGCAGCAGCAGGAGCAGCAGCAACAGCGGUACCCAGCGCUGCCAUUAGUGCCGGUUGCAGGCCACGCAGGCUGCAUGCAGCCUCCACACUCCGCCCCACCAGCCCCGGCACCAGCCCCAGCAAGUCCAGCCACAUCUGCUGUGGCCGAGGAUACAGAUGAGGAGGCGACGACGGCGGCGGCAGCGCUGGUGCGCGCAGCCUUUGCUGCUGUCCUGGCCGGCGAGGCUGGCCCGCUGCAAGCAGGGCCAACGGAGGCGGCUGGUGGUCCUCAGCAGGCACCGCAGCAACAGCAGUGGCAGCAGCAGCAGCAGCAGCAGCAGCAGCAGCAGGAGGCGACGAGCCUGCCAGGCUUGCCGCAGCACCCUCCCUGGCUGCUGGCGGUGCAGCUGGUGGCGCGGCCUGCUGAGGUGGACUGGCUGGACCCUGCGAGCGAUCCAGGCAGCAUCUUCACGCUCAGCAAUGUGUGGCUGGACAGGGCAAAUGCCGAAGUGCGGUUGUGGAACGCUGGCGGCGACGAGUGCUGCGCCAUUCAGCGCCACAAGCCCGGCGCGACGCUGGCGGCCAGCCGCGGCAGGGCACGCGGCGGCGGCGGCGGCAGCGGCAGCUGCGCUGCGACAGAGGCUGCGACGGCGGGUGUGGCGGCGUGGGCGGCAGCCAAUCCGCAGUGCUGCGGCUGCACCAUCAACAGCCAAGCCAUUGAAAUGCUGCAGAAUGAUAUCCACCCGCGGGCCAUCAGGCAAGAGCCCAACCAGUUCUGCCAUAAUGCGGGGUGGCAGGUGGCCAGCGGUGAGCAGUUCAGAUGUGCCUUGAAUGCACGUUGGAGCAAGCCCAUGCUAAACACGCCAAUGAAUGCGGACACAUUCCAGGCCCGGCAGCUGCAGGCGGCAGAGGCUGCGGCGCUGAGGGACAGGCAGUGCCCGCUUCAGCGGCAGCUGCAGCAGCCGGGGGGCCACGACCCACCACAGCAGCAGGAGCACCAGCCACAGGCGCCGCCGGAGCAGCAGCAGGCGGCACAGCCGGCAGGGGAGGCAGGCGCUGCUGUGGGUGAAGCAGAAGACACGCCCAUGGCAGAGGCAGAGCCAAUGGCUGGAGAAACAGCGCCGCUAUCCGGCAGCAAGCGAGGCAGGGAGAAGGGUGGCGAGACAGCACCAGCCGCCACCGCCGCCACAGCAGCACCAGCCGGAAGCAGCGCCCGAGCCUCCUCGGCUGCAGCAAGUACAUGUGCUUGGGUUCACUACUGGCCGCGGGGGGGCUGUCAAGGUGUCGCGGCCCAUUUGAAAGCGGCACAGCAGCAGUACGGAGGCGACAAUGUCGCAGCAGGACAGAAUGCCGAUGCUGGCAGCCAAGGACACGAGGCGCAGCAGGGAGCGGCAUGCACAAACCAGCAGCGGCCAGCCGAUGCACACCUAGAAGAGCAGGUGCAAGUGCUCGGGUUCAGCACAGGCCGGGGCGGCGCCGUUAACGUGUCGGCAGCCCGCCUGAAGGCGGCGCAGCAGCAGUAUGGCGGCGGGGAUGAGGCUGCAGGUGGGGAGGCCGAUGGUGGCAGUCAUGCAGCCGAAGGGGAGCAGCCAGGAGUGGAGAUCGAGCAGCCAGGAGUCGGGCAGGCACUGCUUGUUGUUGAGGGGCAGGAGAAGCAGCAGGGUGCUCAGCCUGUGGCGGCGCAGGUGCUCGGAUUCAGCACAGGCCGGGGCGGAGCCGUUAAGGUCUCAGCAGCCCGCCUGAAGACAGCGCAGCAGCAGUAUGGCGAGGGGGAUGAGGCUGCAGGCGGGCAGGCCGAUGGCGGCAGCCAUGCAGCCACGGGGGAGCAGCCAGGAGCCGGGCAGGCACUGGUGGAGAGGCAGGAGAAGCAGCAGGGUGCUCAGCCUGCGGCGGUGCAGGUGCUUGGAUUCAGCACAGGCCGUGGCGGUGCUGUGAAUGUGUCGGCUGCCCGCCUGAAGGCGGCGCAGCAGCAGUUUGGCGGCGGGGGCGCGGAGAACGCAAGCGAGAAUGAGGGGCAGCAGGCAACAUCGGCAGCGGCAGCGGCAGGGGAGUCCACUCCCCUUCUCCGCAAGCAGCUGCUCAGGUCGCGAGUGUCUCUGGGAGGCAGCGACACGCCUGCCGCGGCAGCGCCAGCCGCAGAGGGUGCACAGACGCCUGCUGCAGGCCUGCCAGCAGCAGCCGCCGGCGGCCCCACUGGCGGCGCUGCCACCACUCCCGCCUCUGCUCCCCAGCUGGGCAAAGUGGCUGCACUCCGCAGGCUUGCGCCCGGGGCUGCUUCCACUGGGCUGCUGAAGGGCAAGCGCAAGGCCUUCCAGUUGCCGGUGGCAGGCUCCAGCCGCAAGUUCAAGCCGCCCGGCAAGACGGCCGUCAGCAGGCUGGGCGGCGGCGGCGGCGGCGGCGGCGGCGAGCUGGCGGGGGCGCCGCCCCAUCCUGCGGUUCAGCUGCACGAUCUGCAGGGUUCCAUCCUUAAGCGGUUGCUGGCAUCAAGCGCUGCCGCCGCGGCAGGCGCUGCUGCUGCUACACCGCCUGCGGGGCCAGGCGCAGAGGCAGCUGCUCGGUGUGAGAGCGUGGAGCGAGGUGGGCAGCAGGAGGAGCAGCAGCAGCAGCAGCUACCACUGGACAGCACCACUUGCAGCGAGUUUAGGGUCACAGACCUGCAAGAGCCAGCGGUCAAGAGCGGCGAUCCCACUGUACCAGCGCCGGUGGCAGAUGCCACCAGCGAGGCACCUGCCGGCGCCAACUCCGCCUAUGCCACCGCCAGCUGGGUGCAGAACCAGUACCGCUGGGUGGUGUGGAAGCUGGCCCGCCUGCAGCUGCUGCUGGCGGGGAGCGGCAGCAGCGCGCCCGCAUCGCUGCUCACCGCCGCUGUCGUGCUGGAUGAGCUCAAACUCAGGUAUGAGCGGGAGUUCAACCGCGGCCAUCGCCCGCUUCUCAAGGCGCUGCUGCAGCAGGAUGAGGUGGCCUCUGCCGCCAUGGUGCUCAUGGUGGCGGCGGUGCUGCUGCCCGCUCCGGGCAGCGGCGGCCUUGUGCUGACAGAUGGGUGGUACUGGAUCCGUGCCUCUGGCGACGAGCGGCUGACGCUGCUGGCGCGGAGGGGCUGCAUCAGCCAGGGCACCAAGCUGCACAUCUGCGGCGCGGAGCUGGCUUCCCCCGGCCCAGCCGACCCUCUGGAGGCGGCCGCCACAGCCGUGCUCCGCAUCGGCGCCAACAGUGCCCACCCCGCUCCCGCGGGGGCCAAGCUGGGCCGCCUGCGCCAGCGCGGCGUGUUUGUGCCCCUGAGCCGUUUUGACGAGGCGGGGGGCACGCUGCCGCAGAUGCUGGUGGUGGUGCACAGGAUCUUCCCGCGCCUCACCUGCAGCUGGUUCCCAGACGGCGGCCGCUCGGUGCAGACGCCACGGCAGCUCGCCGCCCUGCUGCGUAGCCACGAGGGCGCCGAGGAGCGCAUCGGUGCUGAGGUGAUGGCCGAGGUGCAGCGGCGAGAGGUGCAGCAGUGCCAGGAGUGGCUGCGCUGCGGCAAGGCCGGCAGCAUGUCUCACGUGGACCGCAUUUACGCCACAAUGGUGGUGGAGCAAGCUGCUGCCGGCGGCGGCGGCGGCGAGGCGGGCGCGCUGGGGCGGCUGAACCAGGAAGACGAGCGGGCGUUGCAGCAGUGA